CCAGCUCAAGUAGCGCUGGCCCUUCCUGCAAAUUUCCAACUUCCUUACCUGAGACAGUGAGCCCUCCACCCAUGGAGGAGGAGAAGAUGUACCUGGAGCUCUACCUGGACCGGUGGGCCGCCCAGGAUGACCUUGCCCCACCCAGAUCACCCCUGCUCAGCCCAGUUGUGCCUUAUGAUGUGCACAUACUUAAUUCAUCCAAUCCAGAGACUGCAUUUAAUUCACAGCUUGAAGAAGUCAAAGAAACAUCUGGCCACUUCUCGUCUAUGGAUCUUAGCUUCCUACCAGAUGAGCUUACCCAAGAAAAUAUAGACCAGACUGUCAAUAGAAGCCAGCCUGAAACUGAAGAAAAUGGUAAAACUCUAAGUCAGCCAAGUAGGUUGCCAUUACCCAGCCAACAGGAUGCUAGCCUGGCCUUAAACAGUGGCAGUGGGUCAAAUUCCCAUUCACCUCUGCACCCUGGUGAUGCUGAGUCAGUCCAGCUCUCUCCUGAGAAGCAACACUUCUUGCCUCUGACGUCAUUAACUCCCAUGACACCAAUGAUCCCAGUUUCAGAAUGUUCUGGAAUUGUACCUCAACUACAGAAUAUAGUUUCCACUGUAAACCUGGCCUGUAAAUUGGAUCUGAAGAAAAUAGCUUUGCAUGCAAAAAAUGCAGAAUAUAACCCAAAGAGGCUUGCCGCUGUCAUAAUGAGGAUCCGAGAGCCCAGGACAACAGCCCUCAUAUUUAGCUCUGGGAAAAUGGUCUGCACAGGAGCCAAAAGUGAAGAGCAGUCUCGACUUGCAUCAAGAAAGUAUGCUCGUGUGGUGCAGAAGCUGGGCUUUCCUGCCAGAUUCCUCAAUUUUAAAAUUCAGAACAUGGUUGGAAGCUGUGAUGUGAGGUUCCCUAUCAGGCUGGAAGGUUUGGUGCUAACCCAUCCGGAGUUCAGUAGUUAUGAACCUGAACUGUUUCCUGGCCUUAUUUACAGAAUGGUGAAACCACAAAUUGUGUUACUUAUCUUUGUAUCUGGAAAAGUUGUGUUGACAGGCAUUCAAGCUGUAGCCCCCAUGUCCAAGGCAACAUCUGAAUGAAUGAAUAGUUACUUGAGCUGAGGACAAAGAGGUCCUCCUAUCCCACUUGUCAAGUUCCCGGACAACAAACAGCAAACGGACCUUGGUCAAGCUUAACACUGCUUUCCCAGAUCCGUGCUUCUUUUCAAUGGUUGAUGUGACAUUUAGGACCCAUGCUUUUUCUUAAAUCAUAGUAAAAUGAAUUGUAUAGCUAGGAUCUGUUGGAACAAUGAAUAGCAAAUAUGUCAACUUUCACUUCUGAGAUGUAAUAGUUACCAUAUGUUGGGCAGUCAUGUGCCAGGCCUUGUGAUAAGUGAGUGCUUUUGUGUGGGUUCUAGUUAGCUCUGUGUGGCUGUACAUAAUAGCUGUCUCAUCACCUGUAAAAUGAGGACAAUGGAGAGGUUAGGCAUCCUUAAAAAUUUCAAACAGUUGUACAUGCUGCAAUAUGUGGGAACUUAAGCAGCCUGGCUUCAGAGCCCACCAUCUUCACGUGUUAACCCUGUCCUCCAGCUCCUUAGAGGCCUAUGAAAACAGUUCAUUCAGUCCUAUACUAACCCUAUGAAAAGGCUAUUGUCCUUUAUAGAUAAGGAAACAGAAACUUCAGAAGUUAGUCAUUCCUGGUAAUCCACCACUAAUAGCAGCUUGAUAUAUACUGUAAAAUGUAUACCUUGAGGGGUUUGAUGCUGGGUUGUCCCCCUCUCCCAAUUUGUAAGAUUUUCAUUUAUAUGCACACACAUAUGGUAUCACUUAGGAAAAUAAGAUAUGUGGUUGUGGCUUAGUGUAAGAAUAGAAUUAGAAAAUCCAAGUAGGAUUGGAAAUUGAUAUAUGGGCUGGCUAAGGGGUAGGGAUGAGCUUAUGAACCUUAUCGACAGGUGAUAGAUGUUUAAUAAAUGUUGGGUACCUACUUACCAGGUACAUGUAUUGUUUUAGGUGCUAAGAGAUUAGCAAAUAGAACACACCCCUCAUCUGGCAAAAACCCAGCCCUGGUAAAGGAGACAAAUUACAUGAUACUGGCUCUCAGAGAACCAAAUGAUAAGCCGUAUGUACUUGGACCAGCCAUCCCAACAUCCCUAAUCCUGAAGUACAUUCUUUUAGGACAGUAAAAAUGGGUUAUAUCUUGUUAAGCGUUAUGGUUUGUAAAGGACUUUUUUUGCAACCAUUUGUUCAUGCAGUCCUAUACUAACCUUAUGAAAAGGCUAUUGUCCUUUAUAUAUAAGGAAACAGAAACUUCAGAAGUUAAACAAUCUUCAUGUGGUUUAAUGGCGUGGGGUGAAUGUGUGUGUGUGUUUGGUAUAUCUACCAUACUUCACUGUUUCCCAGUUAAGGAGUUUGUUCUAUUCAAAUGUUUCCAGAAGCUGAAAAAGUCCAUCAAACCAGAGGCAGAGAGUCUUGUUGCAAUGGUGUUUUACUUUCUGCUUCUCUACUCACUGUUUAGUUUCUAUAAAACCAAUCCCUUCCUCCCUUCCUCCUUUCCUCCCACCCUCUCUCCCUUCAUGCCUACAGCAUGCCACAUUACCUGAGCUGCAGCGGUAAUAAUGCCAAGUCCUUAACUGUUAGGCCACCUGGGAACUCCAAAACCAGUAUCUUUAGAAACUAAAAUUUUAGUGCUGAAAACUAAAGGGAUGUUUCCUAUCCCAAAGGUACAGAGCUUCUGUUACCCUCCUCCCUACCCAUCAUCUUCAAGGGUAGAGACUCAGAAAGUAAACUCUUAAGCAAUGAAUAAGUAACCUUUUGCCCUUAUCUACCC